CUUCAGACACUCACAGAGGGACAGAACGACCGAGCACAAGUAAACAACAAUCAAGCGAGCGCGCAGGUGAACGGCGCUCAGUGAGGGAGUGCGAGAUAGGGCGACGCAGAGAGAGAGAGAGAGCGAGAGAGAGAGGGAGGGAGGGAGAGAGAGAGGGUCGUGCUGCUCCCGUCUGUCACGAACUUCGUUCCGUAGUCGCUUCUGUGCCACGAUGUGGCAUUAUGGCUUCUGCGCGCUUUAAUUACCUUGCAAAAGAGGCGGACUAGAAAGAAGAGAGAGAGGAGGAAGAAGGGAGUCGGUAGGCGGUAGAACUGAUGAUGUACAUGGCCAUCUGAGCCUGGGAGAGAGCGCAAACAUCUUGGUGUCCACUGGUUACGCGUUUGUACUCUACAUUCGAUUUACGUACGGUGCGCUUUAAUUGCGCAAUGAUUUACCCCCCCUAGUUCGAGGGGCUGGGCUUCCUCAUCAAUCAAUCAAUCGAGGUUUCAGGGAAUAUUUGUUGACUACUCGUGUCUGCAAAUAUUUGUCGACUACUCGUGUCUAUUCUGUCCGCGCUUUGAUUGGAACGAGAACUGAGCUUGAAGACAAAACUUUGUUGAUCUCUCCUUUUGAUUCCAACUGCCAAUCGGUCACCUCAUCUUGUAGGCUCUGUGUCCGUGACACGUCACCCUUGGCGCGCUGUGACACCGAGAACUCGAAACUUGCCUUUCCCUUUCUUCCGCCUUUGAUAAGGGACGCAGGACGAGUUUUGCAUACGUAAGCUACUCGCGAACGGCUGCGCAAUCCGGAAUACCUCACGACGAGAGAGAGAGAGAGAGAGAGAGAGAGAGAGAGAGAGAGAGAGAGAGAGAGAGAGAGAGAUGACAUGAACGACGUGGGGAAAAACGCGAAGGAAAGAGGGUCAGCAACCGAAAAGGAGAUGCGGAACGCCAAGUUGAAAAGUUGGAUAAGCGUAGUGUACGUGAGAGAAUCGAGCACAUAGAGGAGCAGCGCGAGGAUUGGAAGUGCCGAUUGACGGCGAUCUAUGCGUGGUGGCUUCUGUGAGAGACUGGCGCCUAGAAAGCGAAAGAGAGAGAGAGCCACACGCACCUGCACCCGCACCUGCACCCGCGCCCGCACACACACACACACACACACACACGCACACACACACACACACACAAACGACUGACGGUUGGUGGGCGCGAUUCAAUGAGUGAUUGAUUGGUUGAUUGGCGGCAGCGGGCAACUAAGCGGCUGUGGGGUAAAGACGGACGGCAAGGUGGAGAAUCGAAGGGCAGUUCCUCUGCCCGAGAAGGCGCGUAAGUGCGGACCUUUGCCGUGGUUGGCCAGCUGCCAAGGAUUGGGCAAUUGGAAUUGGCAUUGGACCAGUACAUCACUCGACAGCUCGAGGAGGCUGGGCUUGUGUAGUAGCCGGCGAAGAAGCAGAUCCACCGCGACGGCGGGGACAAAGGUUGCCAAGGACAGGCCACCAUCUCUCAAGGAGUAAUCGCGAGGAGAGCGAGGGCGGGGUGGGGGAUUACUACGUAGCAGCUAUUCCAAGAAUCUGGUAUGGAGUCUGGUCGUGUUCGUCGUCGGGUUCGGCUCUUAGUCACGGGGUGGAAGCAGUGCCAAGCCCUCUUGUCGCUUGCGGUGCUUGCCCUCGCUAAUGGGGUCACAGAGUGGCCCGGAGGUAACGUUCUUCGGAGCCGGUAACUGUCGGAGAACAUAGAGCGGACAGGAUGGGGGCUCGAUGCUGCGCUGCUAACAAGAGGAAUUAGGGCUGCGUGUCACUGAAACAGUUUGCACAAGAUCUCAUUCAUCGAGGAACGGAACACAUGCCGGAGCGUUUUGUACAAGAGUCACAUUUUUCAAAUUGAUUGAAUGCUUUUGCAUGCAGCACAUGCAACCUAAUGCAACGUCUCUCCUUUCGGGCAGCGAAGAUCGAGCCCAUGCAAGGAGCUUUCCGCAGCUCCUGUCCAGUCAGCCAACCACAGUGAAUGUUUCGAAAGCUGGUCGUGAAAACAAAUCGGGGGCGAAUUGGGUAUGGGAGUGGAGCCGCUGGGCUGUGAAGGACAAGACGGAAAGUUUACAGGAUUGCUCUCAUCGUGCCUUGGAACAGAUUCCUUGUGUGCAAUGCCUCGCCGCAUUCCAGAAUUCUUAGACACGCUGGCUGCAAGUGUAAAUGGGUACCAACCAGUCAGCCAGCUCGGACAACCAGCUGUACGUGUUAAGAAAACCAAAGUCCAGAGGAGGGCAACAAAGCAAGAUGAAUUUAACGAGUACGUGGAAGGAUCCGUAGGGGCGGACGCGCUACAUGUAUCGGAUGGGACGAGCUGUGGGGGAUCUCUGAGUCCACAAACGAGCCCUUACGAGCAAGUGCAAAAUCAGCCGCCGCUGACAAUGCCAGGGCUAGCGCAGCCUUCGCUGCAGUUGCCAGUUCCGUCAUUGCUGGCGCAGAACCAGCAACAGAUAGAGAACGACUCUGUGUGCUUUGUUGCGAGCUCGCCACAUGGAAUUGGCGACGAUGAUGUCAGCGGGGGACUCGUGGUGGACUCGGGAGGAGAGGUUCGGAUGGGAGAGGAGGAGGAGGAGGAGGAGGGGGGGGGGAUGGAGGAAGAGGACGAGGAAGAGGAAGAAGAGGGAGUCAUCAGCAAUGGGGAGGGACAGCAGGGGUAUUGGGAGGGGGGGAAUGCAGGAAUAGCCUCGGAGGUGGAGGUCCCACGACCGGGAGAAGAGGCAAAUAUGCCUAUGGCGGAUGUCUCGGGCAUCGCCACUGGAAUCAGCAAUGGCUCUGGUCAGGGAACAGGAGAUGUGGAAAUGGGCGCAAAUGGUAUGAGAGGGAUGCAACAGGAUUCAUUGCUGGCCUCCAUGAAAACAGAGGGAAGAGUGAAACGGAAAGUCACGAAGAAAAUCGGGAAUGCUGGCACGGAAUGCGGGGCCAGUCCGGGGGAUAAGAAAAGGAGACUGGAGGACAGGCCCCAACCCACGGCGGCGAGCUCUAGGGUACCAGCAGCAGCGCUAUCAGCAGAAGAUCGACUUGCCCGCAUCCGCAACCUCUCCGCGGAGCUGAAGAAGGCGCACAAGACCAUCGCUCGGCUGCGCCUCACGAAAGAGGCUUCCGAGAAAGAGCUUGGGAAAGCUCAGGAGAUCUUGCAGGCAAAGCCUCUCCUCGACAAGAUCAAUGCGACUUCUAAGGUGUGUAUGGACAACGGCUAUCCGGAUGUCAUCGGGUUGAUCUGUGAUGCAAUAUUGUCAGGAUCGCUGCCGAUUCCUUCAAUCAGGUUUGAGCGACUUGUCACGCUAGGUAUCAACUGUAACAAGGAAUUCACCAAUCAGUUGCAGUACUCUGAAAGAGAAAUGCGAUACUUCGCAUCCCUGAAACGCCAAAGCUGUGCUGCUGCUGUGCUUGAGGCUAUGCGUGGUCCAAUGAAUGCUGGUGGAGGGCAUGGGCGGCAUGCUGUUCGCUCUGCCCGUAUCACAGAGUUCGUUCCUUCCCUGAAAGCCAUCGAGCGCUUCGAAAAGCAGAUGCAAAUGCAGCAGCAGCAGCAGCAACAACAACAGCAAAAACAACAGCAACAGCAAAAUUCACAGCAGCCGGAGGAGGUCCCAAGUGCAGGGCAGCAGAACCAGUGUGGGCAGCAGCAGGCGGCAUCGGGAUCGGUGGGCAGUGGCGGAAAUGGCGAAGGCAUGGAUGGAGGAGGAGUCGUUGACGGUGUUAUUUUUGACAGCUGUGCAAACGGAAUGAUGAUGGGCCCGGUUUACGAUGGGAACAUCUGCCCAACGGUUGGUCUUGGCGGAGGCAUUGGGGGGAAGAACGGCAGUGGUGCAGGCGCGAUCGUCGGCUGCAAUGGAGCGGCUCUCCUUACGACUGCCUCCUCCAGCCCUGGGAGGGCGCUGUCUGCUGGUGCAGGGUCCCAAACUGGUGGACAUUGUGUUGAGGGCGUGCAUCUGGGAGAGAGCGAAGAUGAAGAUGAAGUGAGGCCAUUACCAUCCUCGAACAGGACAGCGGCUUAUCCUAACCCAGACGUUCCCAGAGGAGGAGGAGGCUUAAUGGUAGGUAUGCAACCUGGACUAGAGUUUGUGCAUGACGUGGAGGAGACCAAAGUUUUCGAUUGCAUUCCACGACCACCGCCGCCUGUGCUUCGGCAAGACCAGCAGCAACCACCUCCACAGCAAAAGCAGAAGCAGAAGCAGCAGCAGCAGCAGCAGCAGCAAGCGUCUCAACAGCAGCAACAGCAACAAGCAUCGCAGCAUCAGGCAUGCGUCGGAAUUCAAGCAUACGAGUAUCUGCAGGUCCCUGGAGCACUCCAUGGCCUUGGGAUAGAACUAGAUGCGGGUAUGAGGCCGCCUGUUGCAUUGCAAACAACAUCACCCCAGCAGCAACCACCACCGCAGCAAGUGAGCGCUUUGCAGUUUGACACUAGCCAGAUCCAGGUGUCUGGGACAGAAGUGUGCAUUGCCACAACUUCUGGGCCUCCACCGCAACAGCAGCAUGAGGAGAAGCCUGAUUUGCGGCUAUUCCAUUCCUCAGCGCAACUUCAGCAGCAGCAGGAGCGGCAGCAGCAGCAACAGCAGGCGCAACAACGACCAGAACAAGCGAUGGUCUUUGAACAAAUGGGGAUGGGAGAUCUGAGCCAUCUUCAGCAGCUGAGCUCUCUGCAGGCGCAAAUGAGACAGCUAGAGGCGCCUGUGCAGCUGCGGCAAUUGGUGGGAGACGAUUUGAAUCAGUUUGACCAUCUGAGAGUGGAAGCUGCGUUUGGAGAGUGCCAGAUGCAGGCAGAGGAGAUUGCCCAGUACAACUCUGCCAUCGCCACAGCGAGUGCAUUGUCGUCACUCUCGCCAACGUCUGUGUUUAAUGCUCCUCACGAGCAGCGGCAGAAUCCUCGCCAGCAGAUACACGAGGCAGCAGGGAUAGAUUUGAGGUCCCAAAACUAUCAUAGUGUCAUGCCGCCAUUCGAUUGUGCAAUGAGUGGUCGCAUGCACAACGAGAGCGGAGUUCUUGGAUUGCACUCUCCCCUUGGGUUCCCGCCUUACUUGCUCACGGCUACAGGUCAAGACCUUGGUCGAUUCGGGUAUCCCAGCUUGCGCUGACUCCUUUCGUCCAGAUGAACUGGGAAUUGGCUGGAGCGUGUGCACAACCGCAUCUUCCGGGGAGUCUUUCUGGGGAGAGGAGCAGAGGGAGCAAACACAUCCAGCGGCCUAAGGGAUUGACGGUAAGUUGGUAAUACAGAAGCAUUGAUGCAUAACAACCCUUAUAAGGACCAUGGUGCUCUCGAUAUCUAUUAUCCCGCACGGGCCGGGCCUUCCCCGUGUGGAACAAGCACAUCGGCGCAGUGGUCUUUCUGGACAUGGGAAGACUGUGGAAGCCAGCAGGCCGUUUGGAUGCAAGUGGGCGUAGCGAGGUGUGUUGUGUCCUUGUGAAAUAAGGCCAUGGAUGGACGUCGGAGACAAAGGCAAUCGUCUGCAACUAGGGGAGGGUUGAGCUAGCAGCAGAGUGAAUCGGCCCCAGAGUCACUUGGGCCUGCUCCCGGGGUCCUGGCCUGUUUUCGAGAUAACUCCAAGCUGGCAAGAAAGAAGAGCAAUAUCAUGUGCCUCUUCCUUGUUUUGUACGCAGCUGCUGAAGUCUCAGAGACAGAAUCAAAGGAGAUGCAAAGAGCGAUAUGAUGUAAGGUGUGCCACGAUUAAGAUACGGAUGAAUCCGCCGUGUGGAGCGGCUGAGCCUCUGAGUUGCCGGGGCCCUGGGUCUCGUCAAUCUAAGACGGAAGGGUGGCGUUUGUCAUAUACCUGGCCAGAGAUUGGGAAGCAAGAGGUGGGAGAGGAUGGAGGCAGCAGCAGGUUGCAGUAGAUACAUAUAUGAUCAAAUGGAGGAAUAGACAUGAGGCGGGUGGUGUGGGGACUGCAGCGACUGUUUGGGAGGCGCGGAGGUGAUUGAGGAAGGUGGUCCAUUCAGCAGACUCCAUAUUGAGAUCUGGAUGUAACAAGG